UCUUCAAAUCCUUUCAUCCCAAACACUACGUACUCAACAUCAUUACACACUUUGUUACUUGUUUUCUUACCUUAAAUAAAUUACUUAGUUGAGUGCAAACCUUGUUAUUAGGUACUCUAAAAGUGUCAGAGAUAUGGAAGCAAAACAGCAAAAACUCACCUUGGAGAUCACAGUUAUGUCGGGAGAAAACAUAAGUGUGGAUCGAAAUUCAGUUUCCGAUGAGGUCUAUGUUGUUGUUCGUGCAGAGUCUUUGAAGUGUUGCACGACCCAAAUGAAGAAUGGAGAUGAUGGAGUGCAUGCAUGGAAUGAGAAAUUGUUGUUGGAGGUUCCUUCCUAUGCAAGGUCUGUGACGUUUGAGGUUCAAUGCAAGAAAUACAAAGGAUUUCGUCCUGUUGGUGUAGCAAGGAUUGCUCUUUCGGAUUUACUUCUUGCCAAAAACAACAAUGUUUUAUCCGAAAGUGUGUCUCAGAUGUUUUGUUACGGUUUGAGGAGCUGGGAGGGUCGACGUAACGGGGUUCUUCAUUUCGCAGUAAAGGUAGUUGAUAAUUUAUCUGCACAAGCUAAACCAGAGAAAGACAUAGAAAUGGUGAGCUGUAGAGGAUUUGAGAAUGAAGUUACAGGGUUUCAUGUAAACCCUAAAAAUUCAAGUCAUGGUAUCACUGCCAUUCCAGUUAAGGUGCACUAACCAAAUUGUUGUUUCAAUGUUGUUUCCUUACGAAGAUAGAGAGUUCUCUUUCAUUUGAGUUUGUAUCUAAAAGAAGAAUGUUUGGUGGGUACUUUAUACAAACUUAGGAACAAUAUAUGUAUGCACUUUUUUUUUUUAAUUAAAUACCCAACAACUUAAAUA